AUGUGGUGCAUCGAGAAGAAUCUGGGAACGGUCCCACGGACCAUCCCAGCCGACGUCGAGGAGCUGUUCCUGCAGCACAACAACAUCUCGGGGGUGGCGCCCACCCAUUCCUGGGGGUCCCCCCUCCGCAUCCUGGACCUCAGCCACAACCGGCUGGUCGCCAUGCCAACCGAAGCCCUGGCCUCCCUGCCUCAACUGAAGAAACUCUACCUGACCGGCAACUGGAUAGCCACCUUGCCGCCCGGGUCCUUGAGCAACCUCACGAACCUUCAGGAGUUGCACCUGGGCGUCAACCGUCUUCAGGGUCUGAGCGCCGGCACCUUCUCUGGCCUCUCCAAUCUCCAGAGGCUCAUGCUGAGUUUGAAUAACAUCACGAGCCUGGCCCCCGGUACCUUCGUUGCGCUCGGCCGUUUGGAAUUGCUGCAGUUGAACGGCAAUCGGAUUGUGACCAUCCAUCCCGGAGCUUUCAGGGGCCUUACUAACCUGAAGCAGCUCUACCUCCGAAGUAACAACAUCCCGGCCUUGACCAAAGGAGCAUUAGACGGUCUUGACCAACUCCAGAUCCUGAGUCUGAGCCACAACGAGCUGCGUUCAGUGCCUGAGGAGGCCAUGAUGGACCUGAAGGGGUUGAAAGACCUUUACUUGAAUAAUAACGGCAUCGCCUUCCUUCCUGAAGGAUUCCUGAUCCGAUUCGAGAAGCUCGUCAUCCUGGACCUCAGUAACAACAGACUGGCCACGCUGCUGGAAGGUGCACUUCUCGGCUUGGGCAGGCUGAGGCUGCUAGACCUGAGCUUCAAUAACUUCAGCAGCCUCCCUCCCGGGGUGCAGGCGGAGCUCAGGGAGCUCCAGCUGGACAACAACCAGCUCUCGGGCCUGCCCCAGGAGCUGUUUGCCAACCUGACCAACCUGCGAACCCUGUACCUCGACAGCAAUUGGCUGACUGCCGUCCCGGCGGCCAUCUUCCGAGGCCUGGGCCACCUGAGGGAGCUCCAGAUGGAGCAGAACGCCAUUGACUUCCUCCCCGAGGGCAUCUUUGCUGGCCUGACGGAGCUGAGGGUCCUCCAGCUCAACCAGAAUGUCCUCCGGUCUCUCCCCGGCAACAUCUUCGAUGGGCUGGUCAACCUGAAGGAGCUCCAGCUCAGCGGUAACCAGCUGUCUGCCAUGUCUGAGGCCCUGUUCAGGAACCUCAGGAAGCUGAAAGAGUUGCAUCUGGAUGGCAACAGGCUGUCCUCCCUCCACCCCCUCAUCUUCCAGGACCUUCAGAGGCUAGAGGACCUCCAACUGCAGUUCAACCUCCUUCUCUCCCUCCCGCCCCAGGUCUUCGCCCCGCUCCGCAAGCUGAAGAAGCUGCAACUGCACAACAACCGCCUCGCUGCCCUGCUGCCCGGAACCUUCCAGAAGCUGGAGAGCCUCCGGGAACUGCACCUGGAUAGAAACGCCAUCUCCUCUCUCCCUGCGGGCCUCUUCCAGAGCCUCUCCCGCCUCAGCCUGCUGCACCUGAACUUCAACAGGCUCCGUGACCUCAGCAGCGGCCUACUCGAGCCCCUGGUCAGGCUAGAGCAAAUCCAGCUCCACGGCAACCCCUGGGCCUGCGACUGCCCAUCCAUCUUGUACCUCAGCCACUGGCUGGAGGACCAUCCCAAGGUGGUCCAUGAGCCUGUCCAGUGUUCCUCGGACAGAUCGCCGGUGGCAGCCGUGAAGAAGGCCUUCCCCUCUGUCCCUUCACAGUGCUCUUCCGCUUCCACCCCUGCCUUCUUCCAUCUGACAGCUGCCUCCUGCAUCUGCUUCUGGCUUCUCCUCAGCACGUUGAGAUCGUGA